AAGUAGUCCCUGAGGGCGGGCCGCUGUGAUUGGAGGACAGCGAUGAGCAGAAGAUUUAUGCUUAGAGGGAAAGAGCCGUCUGUUGGCGCCCAGUAAUUGGUGGGAGGGGAGGCAUGUGGAACUCGAGGGAGGAGAUACAGACCCUUUAGCUACAUCACCCACUCGUGCGCUAGUGAGACUAUCUUACCCCAAGGGUAAACGUGGGAGGUGAAGAGACCUUCCGCUGCGUAAAAGCGGCUCGACCCGGAAACAAAGUCUUUUUAAAAACUAUUCACACUCUGGAGGAGCGGGCGGAAUUGACGUGUCGCGAAGACUGGAAGGCUUCUCAAGUUGCUAAGCGACGAGGCGGGAGUGCGCGCGCACGCCCGAGCCGCUGGGGAGUUAUCUGAGGGAUUUGUGGCUGUUGCAGCUCCUAGGCAGAAGAGACCGAGCAAGCGCGCCCCAGCCUGCCGGGUCCUCCUUCCUAGUUGCCAGGGGGACCCUCCACUUUGGGUAGUGUCCGGUGACGAGCUGAGCAGCUUGCGGGGACGCGCCUGUGAGGCGGCCAGGAGCCGCGCGUCUUCCCCACUCCAAAAGGCAGGACAGAGAUUUCUUCUGCCAUCAGAUGUCUUUCUGCUUGACUGAACUGCACCUGUGGUCUUUGAAGAAUACCUUACACAUUGGGGAUAGAGACAUAGGGAUCUACCAGUAUUAUGACAAGAAAGACCCACCAGUAUCAGUGACAGAGCAUGGUAACUUAGAAGAAAAGCAGAAGCUGGCAGAAUCACGAGAUUAUCCGUGGACACUCAAAAAUAGACGCCCAGAAAAACUUCGAGACUCACUCAAGGAGUUGGAGGAAUUGAUGCAAAACAGUCACUGUGUGCUGAGCAAAUGGAAGAACAAAUAUGUCUGUCAGCUCCUCUUUGGUUCAGGUGUGCUGGUGUCCCUAAGCCUCUCUGGGCCGCAGCUGGAAAAAGUGGUGAUUGACAGAAGCCUGGUGGGGAAGCUCAUCUCCAACUCCAUCAGUGAUGCUCUUCUCACAGACAACUUUAUCAUCUUAUCAUUUUUGACACAAAACAAACUAUGUUUUAUUCAGUUUACCAAGAAGAUGGGUUCUCCUGAUACAAACAAAAGACUGGAAAAACUCUCAGCCUUGGAUUAUAAGAUUUCCUAUUACGAGAUACCUGGCCCAGUAAACAGGACAACAGAGCGUCAUCUAGCUAUCAAUUGUGUUCAGGAUAUAGUUGCUUGCUGGUGGCCACUGGUCAGUGAUGAUGCUUGGCCUUGGGCCCCCAUUUCUCCUGAGAAGGACAGAGCCAAUUUGCUGCUCCUAGGUUAUGCUCAAGGAAGACUGGAGGUUCUGAGUUGUGUCCGCACAGAAUGGGAUCCACUGGAUAUUCGCUUUGGCACCAAACAGCCUCAUCAGGUGUUGACAGUGGAGCGCUCCGUCAGUGUAGACAAAGAGCCCAUGGCUGACAGCUGCAUCUACGAAUAUGUUCGGAACAAAAUCCAGUGUAUAUCAGUAACCAGAAUACCACUAAGAUCAAAGGCCAUUAGCUGCUGCAGGAAUGUUACUGAAGACAAACUGAUUCUGGGCUGUGAAGAUUCUUCAGUAAUUCUUUAUGAAACUCACCGUAGAGUAACUCUCUUAGCCCAGGCUGAACUUUUGCCUUCAUUAAUAAGCUGCCACCCAAGUGGCGCCAUUCUACUAGUUGGCAGCAACCAAGGGGAGCUUCAGAUUUUUGAUAUGGCUUUAUCCCCUAUUAACAUCCAGCUCCUGGCUGAAGACCGUUCACCCAGGGAGAUUCUGCAGUUCAAUAAAUUCUUUGACAUUUCCAGCAGUCUUGUUCAAAUGCAGUGGAUAGCUCCUUGGGUGGUUACUCAGAAGCCAGAAUGUGGGGACAUCUAUGAUCUCCUCUUCCUCAGGUUUGACAGAGGACCUUUGGGUGUACUUUUGUUUAAACUUGGUAUCUUCACACGAGGACAGCUGGGCCUGACAGACAUCAUUUUCCAGUACAUUCACUGUGAUGAGAUCUAUGAGGCAAUAAACAUCCUGAGCAGUAUGAACUGGGACACUCUGGGUCACCAAUGCUUUAUCAGCAUGAGUGCCAUUGUAAACCAUCUUCUUAGACAAAAACUCACUCCAGAGAGAGAAGCACAGCUUGAGGCAAGCCUUGGAACCUUUUAUGCUCCAACAAGACCACUCCUGGAUACAACUAUAUUGGAAUAUAGAGACGAAAUCAGCAAAUAUGCAAGAAGAUUCUUCCAUCACUUGCUCAGUUCUGGAGGUUGGGAAGUCCAAGAUCAAGGAUACCAACAUGGUCACAUUCAGGCUCAGAGCAGCUACUCUGUGGAAACUGAUUGCAGACAAAAAGGGAAGUACCAGAGAUUUGAAAAGGCAUUUCUGUUAGCUGUUGACAUUGGUGCUCGUGACCUGUUUAUGGACAUCCAUUACUUUGCAUUAGAUAAGGGUGAAUUGGCACUAGCUGAAGUGGCAAGAAAAAGAGCUAGUGACAUUGAUGCAGAAUCAAUAACCUCUGGAGUUGAACUCCUGGGGCCUUUGGACAGAGGAGAUAUGCUAAAUGAAGCUUUUGUUGGCCUAUCUUUAGUUCCUCAAGGAGAAGACAUAUUUACAGAUAACCUCCCUCCCUUUUGUUCAAUCCAUAAACAUAUUAUUCAACAAAGAACACUGAAUGUCUCUUCUAAUAGACAAGUACUUGACGGAAGAAAUGAACUUGAAAAAGACACCUGUGCCGAAUCUUUGACGCCUAAGACCUGUAAUAAAGAAGGAGAAAUGAGAGAAGACUGCAUAGAACAGGAAAUUGGAGAUGGUGGUUCUCUCAGAAUGGUUCACUUUGGCUUGGUAUAAACAAUAAAAAAAACUUCCUUUUUACUUAAAAAAUUUUUUUUAAUUUUUCACAUCUAAAUUUUUCAUGGCCUGGUACAGAUUAGAAUCUCCCUGUACAGAUUAAAAAGAGGAAAAACACUAUGAAUUAGUUAAGAGUUUUAAAUUCAGAAUAUUCUCAAAAUAAACUUCUAUUAGUCUCAAAAACAUGUAGCAUAACAGCAGUGAUCAUAAGUAAAAGUCCUUAAUUUAUUUUCAAUAAUGUAAAAUUUUCAAAGUUUCUUAAAUUGUACAUUAGGUGCUUAAAAAGUAAAGUAUUUAAACUUGGUUCUCCCAAGUAUUUUAAACAUUUCUUGUGAUCUUGUUUACAUUAUUCAUUUGCAUUAUGAAUAAGAAAUUUAUUAUGCAAAAAUUUCCACCCAGACCCAGGUCUCUUGAAUUAUUGCUAUGAGGCAAAGAAUGUCCCUUGGAGCCAGAUACCAUCUCUGCAGCACAGGUCAGGCAUGCUUACUACCCAGUUGAUAAGUUUUAUUUUCUUAUUUGGUAAAGAUUUUAUUGCUAAGUAAUUAUGCCAAACAUGGGGCUCGAACUUACAACCCCAAGAUCAAGAGCUGCAUGCUCCACUGACCAAGCCAACCAGGUUCCCCACCCAUUUGAAAAGAUUUAAAGUUCCUUAAGCUCAGAGUUCCUAUCCUUUACAUAGCCCACUGUGUGCAGGUAUCAUCUGACCCUCUUUACAUUACCCUGUGGGAAUGGGCUUUGGAAUCAAUGCCCCCACCAAAAGUUGACACUCCAGCUACUAUUACUAUGAGUAAUAA